UUGCCGGGUAACGUGUGGUCUAUAUUUCACUUUCAACACUUGAAAUGAUUUUCUAUACAUCACCGGUGAAUUUAACUUCUGAUACAUCAUACAGAAAUGGAGUGUUGUUGCUACAGUGCUCCGACAACAAACCCAUCUUUCAAGUUCGUCAAGUACGAGACCGUUUCAUCUUCGGUUGGUACUACAGGAUUUUAUAGGAGUCGGGUGUCAUCGGCUGGACUUUCUAAUCCAUUUCUUAAAGUAAAUGACCGAAUUAAAUCCGUCACUCGUCAACAACAUUCGUAUGAUUUGAGAACGUACAAACGCGCAGAAGUUAGGAAUCAAGGUUGGGACUUUGGCAGAUUUGUGAAGACAUUGUACUUCUUUAAUGGACCUCCAUCGCCUCUUAAGAUCUUUGAAAGCCUAAUUGCAAAUAUUUCAUCUACUGAACCUACAACUGAGAAGUCUAUGGAUGCUUCUGGAAUUGUGUUAGUGGCCGGUGCCACCGGUGGUGUUGGCAGAAGAGUAGUGGACAUCUUGCGAAAUAAAGGGUUGCCCGUUAGAGUACUCGUUAGAAAUGAAGAGAAAGCAAGAAAAAUGCUAGGCCCGGAUGUUGACUUGGUUGUUGGAGAUAUCACUAAAGCAAGCACUUUACUUCCUGAUUACUUCAAGGGAGUUAAGAAAGUGAUUAACGCGGUUUCAGUCAUUGUUGGUCCAAAAGAAGGCGAUACUCCUGACCGGGCCAAAUACAGUCAAGGGAUCAAGUUCUUUGAACCAGAGAUUAAGGGUGAUUCACCUGAACUGGUGGAGUAUAUCGGAAUGCAAAAUCUGAUAAAAGCCUUAAAGGAGAAUCUUGGAUUAAAAGCUGGAAAAUUAGUCUUUGGAUUUGAAGAUGGUACAUCCCGAGACCUGCCUUGGGGCGCGUUAGAUGACGUUGUGAUGGGCGGAGUUAGUGAAAGUCAAUUCCGGAUAGUCCCCAAUGGUGGUGAAACCGGUGGACCGACAGGUCUUUUUACAGGUACUGUUUCUACCGCAAACAAUGGAGGGUUUACUAGUAUUAGGACAAAGAACUUUGACGUUGCAGAAAAUCUGUCUGCAUAUGAUGGUUUGGAGUUGCGCCUUAAAGGAGAUGGACGUCGUUAUAAGCUUAUUGUUCGGACUAGCCGUGAUUGGGAUACUGUGGGUUAUACUAUUGGUUUUGACACCGUCAAAGACCAAUGGCAAUCAGUAAGAUUACCGUUUUCUUCUCUACGACCGAUAUUUCGGGCGAAAACAGUUGCAGAUGCCCAACCCUUUGACCCAAGUCAAAUCAUAUCAUUUCAGUUAAUGUUCAGCAAAUUCGAAUACGACGGCAAACUGAAUCCAACAUUUGUAGAAGGUCCCUUUCAGCUUCCGGUACAAAACAUACGCGCAUAUAUAGCAGAGCCCAUCCUUCCAAGAUUCGUGCACGUGGGGUCCGCUGGUGUUACUAGACCCGAAAGACCCGGACUAGAUCUAAGUAAACAACCACCUGCUGUCAGAUUGAACAAAGAACUCGGAUCUAUUCUAACAUUCAAGUUGAAGGGGGAGGAUUUGAUAAGGGAAAGCGGGAUUCCAUAUACGAUAGUUAGGCCUUGUGCUUUAACGGAGGAACCAGCAGGAGCGGACCUUAUAUUUGAUCAAGGAGACAAUAUAACCGGAAAGAUAUCAAGAGAAGAAGUGGCGAAAAUUUGUGUUGCUGCUCUUGAAAGCCCGUACGCGUGUGACACGACCUUUGAGGUGAAAUGUGUGAUUCCAUUUAGCGAGCAAUACACGAUAGAUCCCGAAAACCCGCCACCUGAGAAAGACUACGACGAAUACUUCAAGACUUUAAAACCAGGCAUUACAGGGAAAGAAUACUUGGAGAAAACAUAUGCAUCUGUCUAAAAGAUGCUGACUGAUAGAUGAUCUUGUAUCUAUAUCUACUACGCAUACAUCAUAUACAAACGUUGAAGCUUUACGUUACCCUGUUAAUCUCGGGGUGAAGGUGUAUCAUAAAGUUUUAUAAAUGUGUAAUGAUUUUGAUAAAUAUGUGUCGAGAUGCACGUCGAACUUCAGCUUGAUCUUGUCAGCAGUAAAAUGAACAUUUGAGGUGAAUUAAACUUUGAAUGUAUAGUUGAA